ACACCACGAUGGAGACGUCUGUCCUGCUGACGUCUGUCCUGCUGCUGGCCCUACCGGCCCCCGGAUCGGCCCUCGGACCGGCCCCCGGUUUCCACGGCGACAGCAUCAGCUUCAUGACCCCCCGGAGGUCGGACGGCUCCUUCCAGGUGACCUUCCACCGCCGGCUGAACGGCCGCGGCGACUGCCAGAACCAGUCGAGCUUCAGCUGCGACGGCGGCGCCUGCACCGGGUUCCAGGAGUCACCUGUCCAGGUGACGGAGCUGGACGGGUCGGGGAGGUGGUGCCAGUCGGAGAGACGGAACACCGUCACGGUGUCCCCCAACGACACCACGCUGGUCCUCAGGUCGUCGGGCUGCUGCUGGCUCAGCAACCUUGAGAACGCCAACAACUGGACGAGCCGCGCCGAGCUGGACCUGGGAACCCGGUCCGACUCCCGCUCCGUCAACAGAUGUCCCGUCACCGCGACCGUGGCGUCGCUGCGGGUCCCCCAGAACUGCUUCACCAAGGUCGAUCUUCUGGCACACGACCCCGACGGAGAUACGGUGAAAUGCCGCUUCGCUGCCGACGCUGCAGUUCCUGCAAACUUCUCUCUGGAUGAGCGCACGUGCACGCUGACGAGGGCGGGGCCGGUCCAGGAGGGCGUGCACGUGUUCGUGCUGACGCUGCAGGAUUUCCCCACCGGAAACAUCACGCUGACGUACCCGGGCGGCGCGUCGGUGGUCCGAGACCCGGCCGACCCCGAGGAGCCGCCGCUCUGCACCGUCACGCUGCACUUCUCCCUGGAGGUUCUUCCCCAGAUCCCCCAGUGUGAACCGGGUCAGGUUCUCCCCAUGUUCCUGUCCAGGACUCCGUCCCAGGGAUCGGUUCUUCACGCCACCAUGGGGGAGCCGUUCCAGCUGGAGGUCCAGGCCCAGGCCCGGCAGAGCAGCAUCCAGAUCUUCCAGGUCUCUGGUCCGGCCAACACGACCCGGGUGGAGACGGUUGGAACCAUGGGCACUAGGACCCUGAGGCUGACCUGGACCCCUGGACCCGGUGACCUGUACCGGCAGGUACCGGUCUGCUUCACGGCCGAGACGGCCUGGAGCCAAUCAGAGAUGAGGUGCGUCGUCGUCAUGGUGACCAGAUUCUCCAUCACUCAAGGGAAGGCCAUCGUUAACUGCUUCCCCAACAAGAUGACGGUGGCGCUGGAGAAGGCGUCGAUGCCGGACAUCGAUGAGAACUUCCUGCAGCUCCGGGACCCGAGCUGCUCGCUGACGUCCAACGCCACCCACAUCAUGGGAACCAUGACCUUCGGAGCCUGCGGCACCAAGCUGGAGGACGGAGGCGACUUCAUCGUCUUCAAGAACCAGAUCAACUCGUUCAUGAAGCCGGACGAGAUCAUCGUCCGCAGGAAGACGGUGAAGGUGGACUUCUCCUGCGAGUUCCCCAAGACCGUCAGCAUCUCCAGCUACUACACCCUGCACAAGUCGGACUACAUCUUCACCGAGUCCAGCUUCGGCAGCUUCGGCUACACCUUCGAGAUCUUCCGGGACAGCAACUUCUCCACCCGGGUGGAGGCGGGCGAGUACCCGGUGGAGGUGAAGCUGCUGCAGACCAUCUACAUGGGGAUCCAGGCCAACGCAGACCUGCCCAACGUCACGCUGUUCGUGGAAUCCUGCAAAGCUACGCCCGACGACGACCCGGACAACGCCUUCUCCUACGACAUCAUCAAGAACGGGUGUCUGGAGGAUGAAACGGUGCAGGUCCAUUCGUCUGAUCCAACGGCCUUCAACUUUGAGGUCCAAGCCUUCAAAUUCACUGGAGACUUCGACCAGGUUUACAUCACCUGCUCCGUGAUCUUGUGCGAGCCCGGAAGUCCGUUCUCCAGAUGUGCUCAGGGAUGUCUGAAGGAUCCGGCCCGGCGACGCAGAGAUCUGAACAAGGAGACGGGCGGCCACUUCAUCACCCAGGGCCCGUUCCAGUUCGUUGGUCCUUCGUUGGGCGAGGCUGACGAGGAGCAGGAGCUGACGAGGGGGAAGGCCGUGGUGGCAGCGUCUCCAGAGCUGCGAUCAGGAGAAGGUUGGGGGUUCAGAUCCGUCCUGACGUCCAACGUCACCGCUGUGGUGUUUGGCUGCGGUUUCCUGGUGUCUCUGGUUCUGCUAGCGGUCGUCGUCCGUCACUACCGCCGCAGGAGGAAGACCGAGGAUCGCAACCAUCUCAUCGAGUCCGAGAGCUAAAGUGGUCGCUACGACCGUCUCAAAUAUAUAUAAUAUAUAUACGUGUGCAUCUUGUAAUUCUGGGUUUAUCUGGGAGAAAUGAAGCUUUAGCAGGUUAUCGGUUGAAUAAAAAGGGGUAUUUUCCAGCAUCGUCCACAAGCACAAACACACGGUUUUAUGAAGGAUGGUAGUCUCAGUUAGGCCCCGCCCCAUAAAGGGGGCGGGGCUAUGAGUGCUAUGAGUGCUAUUGUAAAUGGGAAGCGGGAUUAUAUAGCACUAUUAUCAUAUAUUAACUAUUACUAUUGUCAUAUAUGAACUAUUAUUGUUAUUUACAGUCUGAAAGAGAGCCGUAAUUCACCGUUAAAUGUUUGGUACGGUGAUUUCUGAGUGGGUUAAAGAACAGGAUGCUGCAGCCAGAUGAUCUUCAGGGGGGGCAGUGGUGGAGCCGGUAGCCCAGAACCGGUAGCCCAGGUCUGGUAGCCCAGGUCCAGGUCCGGUAGCCCAGGUCCAGGAGAACAUAGGUAGAAUAGAAUAGAAUACUUUAUUUAUCCCCCGGAGGAGAAAUUCAGUCGUGCAGCAGCCAAAACACACACACACUUUAUACAAAAAAUUUUAAAUAGAAAUAACCAAUAAAUAAAUAAAUAAAAAGUAAAAAUAAAAAUAAAUAAAAAGAUAUAUAAAUAAAAAAAUAAUAAAAAGAGCAAUAUAAAAAUUAGAAAAAGAGUAUGUACAAGAGAAAAAAAAUAGUAAACACCAAAAAAAAUGGAUAAUAUUUACAAAAAAUGUACAAAUAUUUUCAAAAAUACUUAGAGUUAUGGCACUUUUACACUAGUACCUACUCAGCCCGACUCGCCUCGGUUUAGCACUUCUCCACUAAUGGUGGAAACGUGCAGCCGAAUAAAUCCUGUUAGGUAUUUACUCUGCUGAGGUUCUAAUGUUGCUUCUCCACUACGGGCCGAGGCGGGUCUAAAACUGAGUAGAGGCUAUAGUAUCUACUCUGUCGAGGUUCUAAUGCACUUUUCCACCCUAUGAAUUGGGGUAGAAGUGCAGCCGAGUAGGUACUUUUUUACGGUAUCUACCCUGCCGAGAUUCUAAGCGGCUGAGUCGGGCUGUGACAUCAUCACACUCCAGGCCACUGAUUGGUCGGGGGGUUGGAGUCAGACGUUUGAGUCAGGAAGAGAGAAUCAGCGCAAGAGCAGCUCGCUGUGAUUUUAUUCAACAGGCAAUGGAGGCAAAAGUCUGUUUAAACCAACUCUGAGGUGCAGAUGUUCAUAAACCUGGUGCUGAGGAGAGAAUUAAAAAGAUCUAGAGGAGAUAAGGAACCACCAGAUCCAGGAGAGAAUUAAAAAGAUCUAGAGGAGAUAAGGAAACACCAGAUCUACCAGGAGAGAAUUAAAAAGAUCUAGAGGAGAUAAGGAAACACCAGAUCUUCCAGGAACUCUGUCUCUUCGUAGCUUCUCGCGGCUCCAGCUGAUUUCUCAGCAGCACUGACACAAAAUAAAAA